GCUUCUUUGGACCUCCGGGUUGUGAGCGUUGCAGUACUUCCCUGACCCGGCGCAGCGUGUUCCGACCUCUCUCCACAUUAGAGGUAGCCAUCGAAGAGGACCACGCCAUCGCUGGGGGCGCACGAAACUCCCCUGGACGACAAACUCCUACUUGGAGUCCAACUGUGUUUGCCGCGAGUCGACGCGGCAUCGCUUCGAAAGGGCAGGCCAAAAUGUUGCGGUACCUCCUGCUAGCAGCUCUCACAACGCAAGCCGCGGCGGACGCCAGCGCCUGCGCCGCCGCGCUCGCGGACAUGACCAACCCGCAGUCGAAGAACGCGGCCAAGAACGCGCUCGCCUCGUUCACGUGCCCGAACGUCUUAGCCGCCGCCGGGUUUAGUUGGACGUCCGGGGACACUUACGCCUUUGCUGCUAGGCAGCACAUGUCUGAUUUUGGCGACCCCGACGCCUGCGAAUCUAUUGGAGGAUUCCGCUACGUCGGUGUCCAGUACCCGUUCGGACAGUGGGGUUUAUGUGUGCCACGUGAAUGCGACGCGGAGAAUCUAAACGAGCUCCUUAAGAUGGGACAGGGGUUGACGGGGGCGACGAAGGUCGUGUCCGGUCGCUUCCGCUUUAGAAUGGGUGCCGGCGGCGGGUUCAUGGUCGCCCUCUUUGUGAUACUGGUCGUGGCUGCAUUGGUAGCGACUGCGUUCGAGCCGCGAAUCGUCGCGCACGUCAAGGGCAUCGUGUACAAGGAGGAUUACGCCCUCGUGACCGAAGUCUACCGGGGCCCGGCGUGGCUCCAGUGCUUCUCGCUCGUGAGGAAUUACGAUCAGUGGUUGUCGAGAAGAGAAGAUAAUCCGCUGAGCUGCCUGGACGGCGUCCGGGUGGUGUCGAUGCUGAUGGUGAUCCACGGCCACACGCUAUUAAUCGGUAUUUAUGGGAUGUACACGAAUGUCUUCAGCGCGCUCUACCCCCCGGAUGGGCUCGUGAGCACCGCGCGGGGCCAGUCAUUACCAAGCGACGAGUUCGCCGUCGACUCGUUCUUCUGGCUGAGCGGUUUGCUUGCCACGAGGGCGCUCGUCAAAUACGCGCAGGGUAGGGGAUGGAAGUGGAUUCCCCAGACAUAUUUGUUUCGCUACCUGCGCCUGACGCCUUUAUACUUUUUUGUAUUGCUCUUCUGGUGGAAAGCUUUGCGAAUCGUGGGCCUCGGCCCGCUGUGGCUCAACCAAAGGGGGGGCUACCGGAGGUGCAAGCGGUACUGGUGGACGAACAUGCUCUACGUCAACAACUUGGUACCGUUCAAGGACACGUUUACCGAGCAAUGCUUCGGCCACGCCUGGUACCUAGGCAACGAUAUGCAGUUUUUUAUCAUCCUGCCUCUGUUUAUCGUGGCGUAUACGUUUAACCGGAGGGCGGGGUAUGCAUCCUUAUUCGUCGGGUUCUGGGCCUCGAUCAUCUACUCGCUCUGGGCCGCCGGCCACUUCGGCUUCUCUGCCGGAGUUGGCGCCCCCCCCGACCAGCAAACAUACUAUUACGUGCGGCCCUGGACGCGCAUCCCACCCUACCUUGUUGGUUCGGCAACGGCUCUUCUCUUGAACGACGUGUCGUCCAAGCCGUCUCGGAUAAUAUGUGAAGCGAUGAGGCUCGUGGCGCUGCUGAUCCUGGGGCUGUGCUACUUCGGGGCUUACCCCUUCUGGCAAUCGCCCAUGAAGCACGGCCUCAAGCGCCUGAAUCAUUCGUACGUGGCGCUGACGAAGCCGGCCUGGGCCGUGGCGUUGUCGCUGCUAUGCUGGCCGUCGUUCCGCGGCCACCGCGGGAUGAUCGGGCGGCUUUUGGAGCUGCCGCUGUGGGAACCUUUGGCGAAGCUUACCUACGCCAUGUACCUCAUCCACAUGCCCCUGAUCGAGAUCUUUUAUUGGGCCCGGCGCGGCGGCCGCAUCUACUUCUCGGUGCCCUGGUGGUGUUUCGCGUUCCUGGGCGUGGCGAGCGCGACAGGAUUCGUGUCCGUGGUUCUGUAUCUGUUCGUGGAGCUGCCGUUCCACAACUUGGUGAUGCUCCUGCGCAAGAGACUCGCGACGCCGCCGGCGCGCCGCGUGGACGACGACGACGCCCUCGCCGAGCUCGCGGAGCCGCUCACGGAGCCCGUGUCGCCGGCGUCGGAGGUCGAGGUGAACUAGAGAUUGUCGUAUCGUCUCCCCGAUCCCCUUUUUCCCCCCUUUUCCUAACUUUUUGAUUGAUCU